AUGGCUGCGCUGCCUGCAGUAGCCCCAGCCUCGUCGAACUCGCCGAGAUCUUCUAAUGCCUCUGCAGUAGCAGCAGGUGCUUUGGAGGGGAAAGCAUCGAGACUGACGCGCAUUUAUCGGCGUGUGGGGCCAGCUGCAAGCCCAACGUCCGGCACUCCCCCCGCCUGGAGUGCCAACAAUGAGAAGACGUCUCCGUCCCCUGAAAUUGAGGGCGAGAGCAACAAGGAGCAGCAGCUGGUGCCAAAGACUCCUGUGUCAACAAGGUCGAACAAGUGGAGUGCGCUGCGUCGCGAGAUUCUACCCAGCCCGGCCCUUAUGACAAUGCUGUAUCAGUGGCUCAUGAACCAGGAAAAACUUAGCUCGCUGUUUACAACCAUGUCGGAAGUAUCUGCUAAGAAGCUGUGCAAGGACAUGGAAUUCCUCCAUCUCAACAGCGGCCAAGUGGUCGUGAAUCAAGGCGAAAAGGGCAGCACGUGCUUCAUCCUUAUGAGCGGCGUCGUGUCGGUGUAUGUCCGCAGUCCCGACGAGCAGAUCAGAUACCAGCGCAUCCUCCGCUCGAGCUCUGUCUCCUCCAGCAUGCGCAGACUUUCAGGAACAGCGAGCAUUAACUACGGGACCAAGGUGGUGACGCUCACGCCAGGCGCGACGUUCGGAGAGCUCUGCCUUAUUGAGCCUGAUUCCAAGCGUAGCGCAACUGUGAUCGUCGAUCCGCAGGCUCAAAUGGCGAAUUUUAUCGUUCUCACAGCUGCAUCCUAUCUGCGAAUGACUCGCAGCCAAACUAUCGAGGGAACUAUCACGGACAAUAUCGCCUUCUUGCAGCACUUGCUUAUCUUUAAGAGCUGGACGAAGAUGCAACUCAUGCAUAUUGUAAACUCUAUGAAACUGGUCAAUGUCUCCGCUGGGCAAUACUUGACGCGCAAAGGCUCUGAGGCCGACUCCUUCUUCGUUUUCUUAAGGGGCGAAGCCGUGGAGAGCGUUAAUCUAACAGUUAAUGAGAGUUCCGAAAUGAGUAUGGGCGAAGCUCGCGGUGUACAGCGCAGUAUCACUGUCGAGCUGACGUUUUUGGGUAAAUUUGACGUUGCUGGUGAAUACCUGGCGUCGGAGAAGAAGGUAUCAUUGUGUCCUGUGGAUAUUCGCGCCACGACUGAUGUGGACUGCCUCAUGCUCACGAGGAAGUUAUUCAUGUUGCAUUUUGGCGGGAAAGAGCUGAAGCCUCACGUAGUUCCAACUCGAAGACGUUUGCGCUCUAUUGCUGAAGCGCGAGAAGCUUGGCGAGAAACGCGAAUCUUACAAGCACUACAGUACCCGAACCUGAGGAUCCCCAUUACGCGCAAACUCAUGCGACUCAGUGGAAACUGUUGUUUGAUCUGCGGGAGACGUACACAUGUUGCAGGGGACCAACUUUGCAUGGAGCUCCCAUUGUACUACAUGCUGGAGGAGAAGCAGAAGAAGCGCGAGCAGAAGGAGCGAGGUCGCACCGCAAGCAAACACCGCAUCAGUGUCGCGACACCAUCUCCUUCGAACGGCUCGGCCCCUGACGCUCCCAGAACGUUAACCAGAAAGCCAACAAUGGCGUCAAUGGCGAGUCAAACUGAUCUUCCAUCACUGCGUGAGGUAGAUCGCGAAGAUGUCAGUGAGCCCCCGAGUCCUGUUCGUCUUGGAAUGCAGCUGGUCACGAAGCAGUUGCAGGAAGCGGGAAAAAGUCGAGCUUUGCGACUCCCUCAGCGUCCAAUGACGACUCCAUCGGGAAAGCGAGCGGUGCCGCAGGCAGUAACCUCCAUCACACGUUCGUCCCAUGUUUCACGGCGUCAAGAAGAGGCUGAGCAACAACGUCGUCAGCUCACACAGCGCAAAACCCGCACUAUCCAGGAAGAGCUCCAGCAUAUUCGCGAUACCUGGCCGUACUGCUGGAACAAUGACGACGAAGGGAAGCAGCAAGACGCAACGACGGGAAUGCUGACGCGACUGCGGUCUCGAUCACGAUCUCCGUCACCACCGCUUGAUGCACGAAGGCCUCGGCCUGGACGACAUGGAGGCGGCAGCUUGUCAGCCCGAACAUGA